AUGGACGGGGGCCUGCUCGAGGCCGCCAUCGGGCUGGGCGGGCAGCUCAGCCGCUGGCUCAAGCCGACCGACUUCCUGCCCGGGACGGUGGUGACCUUCGAGAUGCCCUCGAGCGGGUCCAAGCUCUUCACGCUGGAGAUCUUGGGGCACGACGAGUACACCCGCAAGCUCUUGGAGGACAAGGGAUCGGCGCACUUGGCGGUUACGCGCCUGGCGGAGGCCUUCUCUUCCGCCAAGCUGCCAGUGAGGUCGGUCUUCCGUGCCAACGACCCUUCCAUGAAGGGAGCCAUAGGCGAGACCAAGUUCAUCCGCACCCUUCGGCAGAUCGAGUACGAGGCCAUCCAAGCCCCCUCUGCCAAGGCCGGCGCUACUCCGCUGUCCGAUGAGGAGCUCGCCGAGGUCGUGCGAGAGUUCAGCGCCGAGGGGGGAGACGGCGGUAGCAACCCGAACCCUGGCUCCCGCGGGGAGAACAAGGUCUUGUACGACGACUUUGUCGACAUGCUGGUCGUCGCCUCUCCCAGCACCGCGAAGCUGAAGGACCGUGGGGCUAAGGCGUCCAUGAAGGUCGAAGACCGUAUCCUCAAGGUCAUGUACCUGCACUACGAGGAGAACCCGAAGGCGAGCCGCCUGCGAUCGGCGUUCCGCCGGCACGACAAGGAGCGGGAGGGCACCGUAAAGCAGAGCCAGUGGGUGGUCGUGCUGCGGGAGACCAAGCUGAGCUCGGUGAUGACGAGGCAGGUCGCUGAGGCCAUCUGCCUGGAGCACGACACGCGGGCGGACGGGACGCUGGACUACGCCGCCCUGUGCGACGACAUCUUCCCGGGGGACUUCGACCACUACUCCCACCAGCAGCACUUCGUGUACAAGGAUCAAUGCCUGGGAUCGAUUGUGUUGGACUCUGCCAAAGACCCCGACGGAGAAGAACUCCAGGAGGACGCCACCAAGGCCACAAGCCCGAACGCCCAAUGGGCAUCAUCCGCGUCAGACAACAACAACCACGAAGACAACGACGACGACGAGCGCCCCGAGUGCGACGACAGCCUCAAGGGUAGCGGCAGCAGUAGCGGGUUCUCCGGCUCCGUGGCCUCCGUCCCCCGAUCGGGCUCCAGGGGCUCCGUGGGAUCCAGGGACUCCGUGGGGGGGCCAUCGGGGGACCGGCGUCCGGGGGAGCGGUGCUCCACGGCCGAUGCGGCCCUCGGCGGCGGCGGCGGCAGGCGGCGGGAGCGGGGGCAGAGGAAGGCGCGGUCCCCGCCCAAGCGUCGCCUGAGCAUGAGCAUGGUGCUGCCGGAAGGGCCGGUGAGGAGGCACCGGUAUCAGCCCCCGCCCACGGUGCACAGCUACCUCAACAAGAUGAACGCGGAGACGNCCCACCGGCGUCGUCCUAAAGCAAUCCGGCGCCUGUUCGGGUGCCGCACGGAUCCUCGGUUUUUGUGUUUCGUGUACAAAGUAGUAGACAGAUCUUUUCAAGGGUGGGGCGGGGCAACCCAAGAAACUGAAUCUGAAGGGAGAGAGAGAGAGAGAGAGAGAGAGAGACGGAAAGAGAGUGGUGAUGUUCGUGCACGUGAGUUCGACUACCACGGGGACACCAACAAGCAGCUGGCACGGGCCAUGAAGGCGUUCAGCAGCAGCUUCGCGAGGGCCAACCGCCGCAAGCUGCUGAGGAAGCACUUCUUGGCGUUCGAUGUCAACAACACCCGGAGGAUAAGCCGGGCGCAGUUCGUCGAGACGGUCAACGAGGUCGCUUCUGAGUUUUUCAUCGACUUUGACAGCCGGAACAAAGACCUCCUCGCCGCUUUCUUCUUCCCCAAGGAGCACGGCAGGGUGGAGUACGAGACCCUCCUGGAGAUCAUCACGGCCAGGGACGUCCGCCGCGCGCAUGCCUUCAGGCAGCAGACCGCCGAGGAGGGCGCCGACUUCGAUGAGCUCUUCACCGGCGUCGACAACACCGCCAGAAAGAGGGACUUCGGGGGCACGCUGGUGGGUGAAGGAUGGGCUUCCGCGCAUAAGUAUGAGAAACGGUUCGUUGGAGCGGUGUGUCGAGGGUCCUCGGAACUUUCCUAUGUAGCGUCAUCCGCCCAUCACGGGCGGGUCAGGCGGUAG